UCAAAAUAGAUUUGUUAAAGACGAGAAAUACUGUGUGAACCUGAUUUAGCCCACUGCAGUAAAAGGCUAUUAAUGAUCAAAUCUACCUAACAGUAUGUGUUCCUCCCCUGUGAAUUAUAUUGUAGUUGAUGACUUUAGAAAACUUUCAAUACAUCUGCAGUAAUUCCUUGUUUAACAUUUCUGAUUCACACUUUUGUAUCAAGGAUGAAGAGAGAUCAGCCAUGUGAAGGGUUCAUUCUGUUCCAGAGCACAGAGCAGCACUGGGUGGGGAGGAGCAUGUCAACGUCACUUUGCUAAAGUGAAACUACAGUUGCUAGGUGUACUGUACGUUGCAAACACAAACAAACGGUCUCACACUCUUCUGGAAAAUAUAAGACAGCUACGCAGUCUGUUUCUUUUAAUACUACAGUACCGAUAAAUCUGAGAAAGUGCCCACCCUCUUUCACACACAGAUACAGAUAUGGCUUCCUCCACUAUUCUCCUGUCUGAAGACCAGUUCCUGUGCUCUAUCUGUCUGGAUGUGUUCACUGAGCCAGUCACCACUUCAUGUGGACACAACUUCUGCAUGGCCUGUAUCAGAAAGUACUGGAAUAGCAAGGACCUGUACCAAUGUCCACUGUGUCAGGAGAAAUUCUCCAGACGACCUAAGCUUCGUGUCAACACAACUUUCAGAAAGGUUGUAGAGAAUUUUAAAAAGAGGAGAGAUAUAGGUAGAGAUGGGCCCCGUCCCGAACCUGGAAAAGUGUCCUGUGACGUCUGCACUGGGAUGAAGCGCAAGGCCCUUAUGUCCUGCCUGGUGUGUCAGACCUCUUACUGUGAGACUCACCUGGAGCCUCAUCAGAUAGCCUCACCCUUAAAGAAACACAAACUGAUCGACCCUGUGGAGAACCUGGAAGACAGGAUGUGUAAGAAGCAUGACAGACUCCUGGAGCUGUUCUGUAGGACUGACCAGACUUGUGUGUGUCAGUUCUGCACUGAGGCAGACCACAAGACUCAUGACACUGUCCGUAUAGAGGAAGAGUGUGGAGAGAGGAAGGCUCAGCUGGGGAAAACUGAGGCAGAAGUGCAGCUACUUAUCCAGGAGAGACUGAAGAAGGUUAAAAAGAUCAGACUCUCUGUAGUUCGUAGAAAGAGAGAUGCAAAGAGAGAGAUAGAAAACAGUGUACAAGUCUUUACUGCUCUGGUGCGCUCCAUUGAGAAAAGCCAAGCUGAGCUGAUUGAGGUGAUUGAGGAGAAGCAGAAAGCAGUAGAGAGGCAGGCUGAAGGGCUCAUUAAAGAUCUGGAGCAGGAAAUCACUGACCUAAAGAGGAGAAGAACUGAUCUGAAGCAGCUCUCACACACUGAGGACCACCUCCAACUUCUCCAGAGCUUCCUAUCCCUAGAGUGCAAACCUCCACCCACCAAGGACUGGUCUGAGAUCAAUGUUCACAGUGAUCUGUGUGUGGGGACUGUGAGGAGAGCUGUGUCCCAGCUGGAGGAGAUACUGAAUAAAGAGAUGGAGAAGCUGCCUGAAGUCAAACUGAAGAUGAUUCAGCAGUAUGCGGUGGAUGUGACUCUGGACCCUGAUACAGCAUGUUCCAUUCUCAUCCUGUCUGAAGAUGGGAAACAAGUGAGAACUGGAGACAUACCACAGAAUCUUCCUGACAAUCCCAAAAGGUUUGAUGUUCAUCGAUUUGUCCUUGGAAAGGAUGGCUUCUCCUCAGGACGAUUUUACUAUGAGGUGAUUGUUAAGGGGAAGACUAGAUGGCAUUUAGGAGUGGCCAGAGAGUCCACUGAAAGGAAGCAGAGUAUUUUACUGAGACCUGAGGAUGGACUCUGGGCUGUGACCCGAAGGGAUGAGAAUGACAGCUGGACAAUUCCCCUUUUCCUCCUCUCCCCGAGAAAGAAGCCCCAGAAAGUGGGGGUGUUUGUGGACUAUGAGGAGGGUCUGGUCUCCUUUUAUGAUGUGGAGGCCAAGUCUCAUGUCUACUCUUACACUGGCUGCACCUUUACAGAGAAACUCUUUCCAUUCUUUGGCCCCUCUGAUAAUGAUGAUGGUCAAAACUCAGCACCUCUCAUCAUCUCUCCUGUCAAUCACACACACUGAUGCAUUCAAAGAUGCAGAGGGAACAGUUAAUUAACUAAUUAAUUAACUAAUUACAUUCACAUAUCAUUAAAUAUAUUUAGUCAGUUGACAUGACAUGUGAUUAGAAUGUCCAUGGAUGUCCUCUGAAAUCUCAUAACGAAUUAAAAAUGGAAACUUCUUUACUCUUUAGGGACAGAUUGAAUAUUACUGGGGGAGGGGUGCCACAAAAUAGGGGAGGGUUGUCAAACCUUUUUUAUUGCUUUGAGUAAGGCACAGUGGAGGGUAGUGCAUUUUUGCCCUGGUUUACAUUCGCCAUUCUUCUCAUAUUUUCUCUAUAAACAAUGCCUUGACUUACUUUUGAUAUUACCCUAAUUAAGUUUAGAAACAUUUGGGAAAGGUUUGGUAUGGUGUGGCUAUUAAGCUUUAGCUACUGCAGGCCUAUGAUAUGAAGGCAGUGCGCCCCUGUCACGUUGUAAAAAUGAUUGGAGACAGGCGCAGGAAUACGUAACACCUCAAGCCAUUGUAAAUCUUAAGGCAGCAGACAAAUCUUUUGUCCUGUCAGUGGAGGAUUGGAAUGUAUGGUUGGCCUAUGGAGAACCUACCGCAGAACUGUAACAUGGAAAAAAUGGACUUGGUACAUUUUAUAUGGUUCAUAUUUUAGCAGCCGAAAUGAUGGUAACGAUGCUAGAUGAAAUAUGAAAAUGAAUGUUGUUUUUGUUAUGUUAUUAAUAGUUAAAUGACGACAAUAUAACGGAAAGAUCAAGCUGAUUCCACACUCCAAGACUGCUUCCAUCAUACGGAUAUGUUUCGUAUUGCGUCAGAUAACAACAUUGACGAAUACGCUGAUUCGGUGUGCGAGUUCAUUAGAACGU